GUUGCGCAGAUAUUCAUAUCCUGAAAUAACUGCGCAACGCGACACUAAAUCGACGAUUGUCGGUAUGAGCGGUAUAAGUGUGUAAAAUGCAUGAGUCCGAUAUGAGCAUUGUGGACAUUGGCCACCGGCUUUUAACACCACAUCAUUGAUUCUCACAAAUGCGUCUUAAUCUUACUGCUAAAAAGUAUACUGUAUUUAUAUGUGACUGUGAAAUAUAUUAUGUAUAUCAAUAACGUAUAUGUAUGUUGUAUAUACAUGUGCAACAUGCAUACAUAUAUACGUGCAGUGCGUGAUUUUUAAUUUCUUAGCCGUUCGUAAUGACGUAGUUAUGAAUGAAACUGUCUUCAAAAACAUCCAGAUUGAAAUAAAAUAAACAAUGGAUGCUUUAGGCGUAUUAAUUGUGAUAGCUCUGAUACACUGUUCGUUAUUCUUUUUUGAUACACUUUUUAAGUCCUGUUCACAUUUUCCAUAUCUGUAUUUUUUGGAAAACACUGGUUUAGAAGUCCAGAUAUUUCGAAUAAAGUGGUUUACAACUGCUUUCAAUCGCAAAAUAAUAAAAUGGGGAAUGGAUCGCUCAAGAUUUUGGACUGCUUGGUUCAGUGCUGGUGCUAUAAUAAGCAUCAUACUUCUGCCAAUAGCUACUUGUAUUAUAUUGAAGAUGACAUUUAAUAUGUGGCUGGCUGGAUCUUCAGACAAUAUUAAUUCAGGGGCUGUGUUAGAACCUAUGUUACCAGGUGUGGAUGUUCCAUUCAAUGAGAUUGGCUAUUACAUAGUAACAUUAGCAAUAUGCAGUAUAGUCCAUGAAUUAGGACAUGCCCUUGCUGCAGCAAGAGAAGAUGUACAGCUGUUUGGUUUAGGAAUGUUGAUUAUUUUCAUAAUUCCAAUAGCUUAUGUACACUUAAGCAAUGAACAACUAGUCUCAUUGCCACUGAGAAAUCAGUUACGUGUCACAUGCGCAGGCAUUUGGCAUAAUAUUAUUCUUGCUACAGUAGCUGCAGCAAUUCUUGUAUUUUCUACAUGGCUAUGGUCACCACUUUACAAUCUUGGUUCUGGAGUUUAUGUAAAAACUAUUUUGCCAGAUUCACCUUUAUUAGGACCAGCUGGUCUCUUGGAACAUGAUGUUAUAUACAAGUUAAAUGAUUGUCCUGUAAGUAAUAGUGAAGACUGGCAUGACUGCAUAUUGCAUGCAGUGCAACAUCCAGCUCUUGGUUAUUGUGUCAAACAAUCAUUCAUCCAGGAUUAUGAUGAGUCAGUACCAGCUAAACAGAAGACUAACGGUAUUGUGAAUUGUUGUACAACCGACAGCGAAACAAGUGGCAGUUUGUGUUUUGAAUAUAUUGAAGGGCCGCAAGCUGCUCCUCUUCAUUUACCUCCACAUUCUUGCCUUCCAGCAAGGACAAUGAUUAAUCAAUCACAUAAUUUUUGUCAAGCUAGUCACGAAUGUUUAUCUCAAGAUACUCAUUGUAUGAGACCCUCAUUAGAUAAUGUAACAAAGAUUGUACAAAUAAAGAGAAAAGAAGGUAAGGACGUGUUAUUUUUUGGCUAUCCGCCAGAAAUUUACAGAUCCGUUGACAUAUCGGAUUGGGUGCCAAAAUACGCUUUUGUAUAUCCUAAUUUGCCCGAAUCGUUAACAUUACUUUGCAAAUAUAUUACAGUAUUUUCGGCAGCAUUAGCGAUUAUUAAUGUUGUACCCUGCUUCUUUCUGGACGGUCAACAUAUUAUAAAUAUAAUUGUACUUUAUUUACUGAAUUUCAUGCCGCAUAAUAAAAAUACGAGAGAAGCUGCUGUGAUUAUAAUAACAUGCAUAGGCACAAUACUUCUUACAUUAAAUAUAAUGUAUUUACUUGUUAAUAAAUUGCUUUAGACAU